UUAUAAUUUGCAAAAUAUCCAAUGUGUUUUCUGGGCGUUCGUGUGUCAGGAGGAAGCAAGCAUUGGAGAAGUGGGGAUGGAUAUUAUGGCGUUGGAAUGGCAGUGAAUAGUCGCCGUCGUUCUCUCCUCUCAAAGCAGGUUACUUUGAUGAACGUGUGGCUUGGUGAAUCUAAUCGUCCGAAAUUUUAAAGCAAACGGUGGUGAUGGUGUAACGAAUUCAGUGUUUGUUUAAACUAAAGUGAAUUAUGAUGGGAGACGAAGCGAGGUUUGGAAAUUAUAGCUGUUGUUGCCGCCUGUGCUUAUCGGAACAGUUCGAGUCGUUGAAGCCAAUAUUCGAGGGCGCCGACGAGAAUAACGAAGAUGGACCGUUUUUGGUACAACAAAUUCAAUCGUUCCUGGGCAUAGAAAUUGUUCAAGGGGACAAAUUAUCUACAAUGAUUUGCGACCUAUGUCGCCAGAAGAUCCAUGGUUUUCAAGAAUACAAGAAAUCAUGUUCAGAAAAUCAAAGAAAAUUACAAAACUUGUUGAGCACUUGGGAUCCAACCGGUGAAUCCAACUCCAAUAUGGUGAUUAUCAAAGAGGAACCAUCUGAAAUUGAGGAUUACUAUGAUGAACCCCCAAUUUUAUCACCACAACAUCGACCUAUAGAAGAAGAUACCUUAGCAUCCACAACAGAAAUGAAUGCACACGCAUUAAACGAUCACACACUCGAAAUACCUCUUAUUCUACCAAAGACCAUAAUCACUAAUAGUAACAAAACAUGUUCGUAUUGCAAUAAAAGUUUUUCCACCUCCGGUAACCGCUUAAGGCAUGAAAGGAUGUCCCAUCGUAUCGAAAAUAUAACAAGUUUUAGUGUUUUAUCAAGUCAAGAAGAAGUUUCUCAACACUCUAUCGACUCUCAAAUCAGUCAAAACGGAUCAAUUCCACCCAGUUUAGAUUCAGAAGCGGAUCUUUCCGAAUCAGACGUGCAAAAAAUUCAAUUUGCAGCUGGAUUACGUUUAAAAUCAAAGUCUCUUACAAACAAUUGUGAUGCUUCAAAGGCAGACCUUUCGUUAACAAAAAUUGAGGAAGCUUACAUCGAGAAAAACAAAGCUUUGGUCUCAAUGUUGUACAGCUCUUACUGUGCUUGCCACAACUUCAAUUACAACACCGCGAAACGUCUUUACGGACAUUUACGCGCCAAUUACAAUUGGGUUCCAGUGUUCACCUGUUACAAUUGCUUGAUUACGUUCACGUCGAGGGCUGCUUUGAUGACUCAUGGGAGAAGAUGUCCAAAACCGUUCCUCGAAAACUGUAUCCGACUGGCGCAAGUAAAGAAACGGUUGGAUAAUAGAACGAGAUUGUACCAGUUUUAUAGAUGUGGAAUGUGUGAUUUAAACUUUGCAUUUUACGAUGAUUAUGAAAAUCAUUUACAUCAAGAUCAUGCUGUGGCGGAAUAUUGUAAGUGGUGCUCUAAAGUGUUUACUACAAAAGAGGAGGCAACAAAACAUUUAUUUGAAAGUUGUAAUCUUCAUUAUUUCUGCGAUAUUUGUUACACUGCUUUUGAAACUUUGGAUAAGUUUAAAGAACAUUGCGAAAUUGAUCACGAUAAGAAUGAUAAUUACGUUUUCGUCGAAUAUCACAAAGAAUUUAAACUAGUAGAUCCACUAGAGAUAUUACGAUCAAGAAAGCGUAAGUAUCCGGAAACAGAACCUGAUCCGCAAAUCGAUCUGAUAAACCCGGCGAAAAAAAUGAAAUCCAUAAAACUAGAAAAAGCAAGAAGGGUCGAUGAAAUAUCGGAAGAUGAUCUAGACAUUGACGAUGUCUAUCAAAAUGAUAGUUCAAAUACAUCUUAUAAUUUAAGAUCACCAACACUAAAAACACCAAGGAAGUACGGAAAAUACAAAUUUAACGGUUGGAAAACCGAACCUUCAAAAUGUGAAAAAUGCGAUCGAGAAUUCUCGACUUACUAUAACAUGGUGCGUCAUAUGAAAACUCACGAAGAAUCGGAAAAGCAUUUGCAAUGUUCAUUUUGCCCAGAAAAGUUCCGAUUAGUAUCCGAACUAAAAGAGCAUUUAAAUAUAACCCACGGAGAAGCUCACAUUUGCUCCGAUUGCGGUAAACAAUUCGAAACAUUCAAACAACUCGAUCAACAUCGAUUCAUUCAUCUAAAUAUUAAAGUAUAUCGCGAUUCUGAAACAUCUUCAUAUCGCGUCACAAACCCACGUUACCAAUGUGAAGAAUGCGAUUCAGCUUUCGAAACUGAACCACUAUUAAAACAACAUUUAUCCAAACAUUAUGUGGUUGUUAAAAGGGAACCUGAUAUUGGCAGACCAAGAUCGGAAGAUGGUUUCGAAUCUUCAUCAUCGAAACGUCUAAAACACUCUUGCGAAGAUUGCAACAGACAUUAUUUAAGCGCGAAGGGGCUAUGGUUACAUAAUAAACGUCACCAUCCGAAUCGGACGGUACCCCAGCAAUCUUACAAGUGCGACAUUUGUGAUAAAGUGUGUUCUACAAACGCUGCGUACCAUUCCCAUCGAGCGAUGCAUUUCAGACAUUCAGCCAAAAAUAAAACCGAGUUACAAAAAGACCCCAAAGCCGUUGAAGAACAAAACGAUGAAGAUGAUGAUUAUUUCACCUGCAAACGUUGCUUCAAAGUUUUUUCAACCAAAUACAACUUGAAAACACACUUAAAGACGCACGGUGUAAACAUUGCAGGUGGUAGAUCCGUUUCGAAAACUGGAAAAUCAACAAAGACUUUCUGGUGUGAUAUUUGUCACCAAGCAUGUCAAGGUUAUCAAGAACUCCAAAAACAUAAACAAGAACAUGUUAACGAGAACUUAGGUGAUACCGAGAGUAUCGAAGAUGAUGUCGAUAUCAAACCUAACUUGAAAACAUGCGAAUUAUGUUCAAGAAUAUUUAUAACGCAAUUGGGUUAUAUUAAGCAUAAACAAAAACACGAAAAAGUGGAUAAUUUGAAUGCGGCUCCAAUUAAGAAAGCGGGAUGUUUCUAUUUUUGUAAAUAUUGUAAGAUACCAUUUUCGUCGACGAACGCUUUAUGCGAUCAUAUGUUAGAAGAACACGAUGAAGUUAUUAAGCAAAAUAAACCGAAGCAACAACAUGCGAAGAAAUACGACUGUAAUAUUUGUAACAAAAGUUUUGUAAGUUCAAAUGCUUUAUGUUCGCACCAGGGAUGGCAUAAACGUACAAAUAACUUGAACUCGCCAUUAAAUUACGCUUUGAAACCACAACCAAAAGGAUACAACAUCAAUGAAAAUCACCAUCAACAACUACAACAACCGACUAAUCCGAAGUUAUUAAGAGAAAUUAAAGAAGAACCGCAACAACAACCUACAGUGAUGCCAUUUAAAGCUAGAAAUACCUGCAAAGUAUGUGGAUUAUCAUUUUCCACAGAUACCGCCUUACAAAUUCACGUUUUGGAAGUACAUCGGAACGUAAACGCUACAUUAAUUACUCCGAAAUGUACAACAUGUCAAAUUGAAUUUGCUACAAACGAAGCGUUUGAUGAACAUCAAAAAUUACACGCGUUGCCACCACAGCUAUUAUUCAAAUGUAAAUAUUGCCCGAAAAUGUUCCCGAAAUGCAACGCUUUUAAUAUGCAUAUCAAUACGUUCCAUCCACAGUAUAAUACUGUUGGGAAAAUAAAAUGUCAUGAGUGUAAUCGGUUCUUCGAAAAGCAAAAUGCUCUAGCGAUGCAUCUUAAAGUUCAUGAUCGGCAAAAAAUGUCGAUGGGUGCAACACAGCCAAUGAAACAGGAAACAACACCGAAACCAGCUACAAAAUUGUUCACGUGUUCGAUUUGUUUUGCUAGUUUUACUAUAGCCAAAGAUUUACGGAACCAUAUUAUAGCUACACAUCCGUUUUAAAUUAUGAUUUUUCACUUGAUCUGAUUCGUACAGUGAAUGAAAGUUUCAGCUUAUUUAUUUUUAUUUUCGAUUCUAUGUUCGUUUUAUUUUUAUUGACGCCCUCAAACACAUUCAUUAAUGCAGACUUAUUUUUAAGGUUAGGAGAGGUUAGGUUAGAGAUUAUUCCUUUUGUUCUAUGUUAAUUUUAGUAAAAUUCUUUCUAGGUUAACUUUCGUAUUACAUGUUAAACACGUUUCCUACGUAGUUUAAUUUUUAUAAUACUGUUAAUUAAUAAUAAACACUUCUUGGAAUUAAA